UAACGUUGAACCUGAGGGGAAAUCCUCCAGAGCUGCUGCUGCGGCGCGCUGCGAGAGGGAGAGAUUAUUGGAGCCUAUACAUGUGUGGUGGUGUUUCUUUCUCUUUUUUCCCUCCCCCAGCGCGCUCUAAAGUGUUACGUGUGACAGGCAUACAAAUCCGGGAUAGAGAGGGAGUGAAGAGAGACCCAGUGGAGAGGGCUAUGGUGAUUGUCUCUUGGGAUUUACAAACACACACCGCUCGCUCCGGGUGGCUCCGAUCUCAGGAGGGCUGGUCUGUUUUGUCUGCACUUCUCUGACCUGGCGUUGCACUGUCUGAGGCACGGAGAAAUUAACCAGCGCACAAAGAGCGUGAAAAAGGGAGAGGGAAAAAUUAUCAUUGUCAGUAUUGUUACUUUUUUCACUAUAAAAAAAGACACCAUUUCGCAUGUUGAUCUGAAACCCAACAACAAACGAGGAAUAUGAACAGGAAAACUAGGCGCUGGAUAUUCCACAUCUUUCUGAGUCUAGGGAUUGUCUAUAUCAAAAUUGGGGGCUUUUCCUCCGUCGUGGCUCUGGGAGCCAGCAUCAUCUGUAACAAGAUCCCGGGCUUAGCUCCUAGACAGAGGGCGAUCUGUCAGAGCAGACCCGAUGCCAUCAUCGUGAUCGGGGAAGGCUCCCAAAUGGGCAUCAACGAGUGUCAGUUUCAGUUUCGCAAUGGACGGUGGAACUGCUCCGCCUUGGGCGAGAAGACGGUCUUUGGAAAAGAGCUGAAAGUGGGUAGUAGAGAAGCAGCAUUCACCUAUGCCAUCAUUGCUGCUGGAGUAGCGCAUGCAAUCACUGCUGCCUGCACCCAGGGGAACCUGAGCGACUGUGGCUGUGACAAGGAAAAACAGGGACAGUACCACAAAGACGAAGGAUGGAAAUGGGGAGGCUGCUCUGCAGACAUCCGAUAUGGAAUAGGAUUCGCCAAAGUGUUUGUGGAUGCAAGGGAGAUUAAACAGAAUGCAAGGACGCUCAUGAACUUGCACAACAACGAGGCGGGGCGAAAGAUCCUUGAAGAGAACAUGAAGUUGGAAUGCAAGUGCCACGGUGUGUCAGGAUCAUGUACUACUAAAACUUGCUGGACAACUCUUCCGAAAUUCAGGGAGCUGGGCUACAUCCUUAAGGAUAAAUACAAUGAAGCUGUUCAGGUUGAACCAGUGAGGGCGAGUCGUAAUAAGCGUCCAACUUUUCUUAAGAUAAAGAAACCACUCUCCUACCGUAAACCUAUGGAUACAGAUUUAGUGUACAUAGAGAAGUCACCUAACUACUGUGAAGAGGACCCUGUCACUGGCAGUGUGGGAACACAGGGGAGAAUGUGCAACAAAACAGCCCAGCAGACCAAUGGCUGUGACCUGAUGUGUUGUGGACGAGGUUAUAACACUCACCAAUAUUCAAGAGUGUGGCAGUGCAACUGUAAAUUUCAUUGGUGCUGUUAUGUUAAAUGUAAUACAUGCAGUGAACGAACAGAAGUGUACACCUGUAAAUGAAAGUGUGGCUUUGGGGGGUGGGGAUCAACAGCCUUGGAAUAAAUACACUUUUUUUUUUGCACAUAAACUCAGUGUACCUACACAACUGCAGCAAAGACCCACACUUUCCAAAAGAAAAGCCAGCAAAUGGAUCCCAUCUUCCUUUCUUAACAUAUCAGCGCUCAUGUGGAUACCCAUCAAAGACAUAGAGAAAUAGUCCAAAAACUACAUCAGACUUUUAAAAAAAAGGAAAUAGAAACAAACAAGUCACCUAAUACAAAAACAUAAACAGGGGGAAAUGCUCUCAAAUAAUCUGUGCUGUCAAACCAUAAUUUAUUGACUACCUUAAGGGAAAAAGUCCAUGUCAGGACCUUGGCAAUGGGCUCUUUGGGACUGAAUGAGUGAGAGACUGAAAUACACAAGCCACCAUGAAUAAAGAGAGGGCUGGGAAAACAAACAGUACUCUAACAAGGUCUUUGCACAGGAUGGGGUGACAAUGCACCAGUGUGAAUUUCAAUUUAAAGAGUGUGGAUUAUGCAGAUUAGAGAUUUCUACACUUGUGAAAAGCUUCUGCUGGUUGUUCCUGCCCUUCCAUUUUUCAGACAAUGCGCUACUGCAAGUAGGAUUGUUUUCCAUAUAGACAUUGGUUUAUCUGCCUUUUUGUUGUGUUGCAGAUUUUAGCACAGGGAUUUGGGACAUCUGGGCAUAAUAAUAAUAAUAGCAAUAUUUAACAAUUUAUCCAGAUAAAACUAAUAUUAAUUUAUUUAAUUAAAAAGAACU